AUGGAGUAUCCAGAUGAUUAUGUCCUUCCAAGUGGUACUAUGAAACUUCAAGCAAGCCCAUCCAUCUCUGUUCAGGUUGGCCAUCUCGUAGAAACUUCUCACGCGGCAGAAGGUGUGCCCAAAGAACUCACCCAGAAUCCUCGAAAACUCGAUGAAUCAAUGGCCUGGACUUAUUAUCCCCAUCUCAUCGGAAAAUGGGGCGUCUAUGACGUAUGGGGUUCUAGAGAUUUCUUGAUAUUUUAAAAAAAAUAAAUUUAUUCAUAUCGCAUUAAUGUGAUGUUAUGAUUUUAUUCACUAACAUGUCCCACAUUGUUUAUAUUGGCGCCAGGUCAUAAAAAACCAAUAGCAAUAAAGGAGAGUAGACUUCAGAUCCGAAAGACUAGUAUCGCUGGUCAGGUCAGUGGUUUGCCUUGCUCGUUAAAGUCAUAUAAAUGUUCUUUGUUGGAAAAAGGAUAUGGAUAUAGAGACAUAUUUUACCUACAAGAAAAAUUGUACAUAUUUUGUUUCUUGUUAGAAAAUGGAUUUAUACAAAUUUUAUAUAGAAAAAAAUAUACAUAUUUAGUUUUCUGAUGGAAAGUUAAAAUAGAUUUUACUAGUAUAAUUUUCAAUCUUAAAAACGAUUGAGAAAAGUUGACAUAUGUUGACUGCAAGGCGUAUGAGUUUUUUUUCUACUGUAUAAGCAAUAUACAUUGAUUCAGAUUGAGUGCAUGUGAAUUGUAUGAUUUCAUUUACAACGUAAUACACUUAUGAAGUUGAUAUGAAAGAGAACAGCUAUACUAUUAUUCCAUAUUAGAAAACAAUGCCUAUUAGACAAGCUAAGGUAAAUAAGUUAUUGGUAUAUGUAUCUCCAAAAAAUUAAGCCCAACAUUUCUCUUCGGACAUGAGAAAAAGAGAGUUUGGUGGCAACAAAUUAAUAAAAAAAUGGGAAGCCCUCGAAACGUAAUGGAUAUGAUUGUUAAAAGGCCUACAUGUUAAUAAGAUGGAAACGAGACAGAUGAGACAUAUGGGAGCGUUUUGCUAAGAAAUUUUCAUUGAAGAAAUUGAGGUGAGCCCCAUUCUUUUAUGCAUCUAAAGAAAGUAAUCCGAAGGGAAACCUUUGGACUAUCAAUCAGGACAGUGUUAUGCUAUCCAAACUAUUUUUUCUGAUAUCAUAUUUCAUAUUUGGACAAAAUUUCGAUUCUCAAUGUAUUCUGCAUUGGUAGACUUGCUUUUAAGUCUACCUGAUUUGAAAUUAUUAUAAACAUGUGUAUCUUGCUUUUAGGUAUUUUUUCUGGUUCAUAGGCAUUUUUUAGAAAAUACAUUAAAUCAAAUCAGGUAGACUUAAAAUGAGUUAUGGGAUAGUUACAUAUAGGCUAGUUGUAGACAUUGCUUUAAAACAUAAUCCCAUUACUUAUUAUGGGAUUUAUUGUACUUCUUUGACAACAUUCUAUUGACUGUGUAUUAUUACAUAUAACCACGUCUUAGUUUUUCCAAGUUUUUGAAGUUUCGAGUUCGCUAACAUACUUCCUUUCGUGUUCAAUGAUGGUUUGGAAUUCCAUGCUAUGGUUUACAUUAAUAGUCUGCAAUUAUUACUAUUAUUUUUAUGGCAUUAAAUCAUAUGGUUCACAUUUCCGUGUGCUGUUCCAUUGAGAGCAUAAAAGCCAAAUGGAUUAGUCAUGUUUCCUAUCCGUGAUGAAGUGUUUCAGAAUCGUAGUUUCUUCUUAGGUUUACUAAUCGUAUUAUUCAGAACUAUAUCAAAAUUCAAUCAUUGAUUCCAAUAUUCUAUUCUUAUGGACAACUAUUUUAAGGUUUCCAAUAUUGAGAAUAGAAGAUUUCCUUGAGACACCUCCAAUAUUAUUUCCUGCUCAUUAUGAACCAGAGGCAAAGAACCGGAUUGCUGACUUUUAGGGAUAUAGCCCAAUACUUCCAUUUGCCGAUCAUUGAAGCGGCUCAGAAGCUCCAAAUCUGUACCACAGCUCUGAAAAAGGUUUGCAGGAAGUUUCACUUGAAUCGAUGGCCACAUCGCAGAGUUAGUAUCCAUCCUAGGUCAUUCUCAUAAAUCAAUUUACCUAGAUGUAUCCUUACUCUUUCUCGUUGAUUUCUAUCUAUAGAUCUAUCUAUAUCGCAAUAUCUAUAUGUUUAUCUAUCUGUCAAUCAAUCAAUCUAUUAAUCUAUUUAUCGAUCUAUCUAUCAACUUAUCUACCUAUUAAUCUAUUUGUCUAUCAAUCUAUCUAUCUACUAAUCUAUUUAUCUAUCUAUCUAUCCAUAGAUCAAUUUAUAUAUUAAUCUAUUAAUCCAUUUAUCUAUCUAUCAAUCAAGGAAUCAAUCUAUCUAUUUGACAACCCAUGCCUCUCUAUAACUAUUACCUAUAUAUUAACUAUCAACUUGUCCUUAUCUGCCAGUAUAUUAUAUCAGCAUCCAUCUCUCUCUCUUUCUCUCUCUCUCUCUCUCUCUCUCUCUCCCUCCCCCCCUAGCCUUCACUAUGCCAAUAUAUAACUAGAGAUAUAUAAAACCUAUGUGCGCUUACGUUUAUGCCUAUCCAUCCAUAAACCAUAUCUUUUCUCCAUCUAUAUCAUCUCCAUUAUUUGUCUCUAUAUUAUCUCUAUCUCGAUAUAUUUAGAUACACACAAACACUUAAAUAUUAGCCUAUCGCUCUUUUUUACCCCGUCCAUCUCUAUCUACAUUAUUAUACUAUAUCUAUCCUAUAUAUUAUAAAUACAUUAUUAAUUGACCCGUGACAUAUCAUUUUCCUUUGUCAUGCAGGUGCUAAGCUCAGCUAAGAAGAUUCAAAACUUGAAGGCCUGUCUUAAGGACAAAGAUUACGACAUGACAAUGAGGGCAUUGCUCCUCCUCCAGAUUGAGAACCAGGAACUGGAAAACAUCUAUGGAGUUCCUGUUAUAGAUCAAGCUUGGGAAGAAUACUAA